AAUUCAAACCUCGCAGCAGCAUUAUGCGUUCUUUGGGCUUAAUAUUAUUAUUGGUGGUGGUCGCGCUGGCAAAUGGCCAACCCCAGCACACUUAUGAUGGACGCAAUGGACCACAUGUCUUCGGUUCACCUGGUCAACAGGUUUAUAUACGCGGUCAGAAUGAAGGACCCUAUCAAGUGGAUGGAGUUGGUGGCACUUUCCAGAAUACACCGCAACGCGGAGAACAUGUCUUUACCGACGAACAUGGCAAUACUUUUGUCCAUCGCAAAAAUGGAGGCGGAGUACCAGCAACUCAUAGUAUUAGCGGGCCUGCUGUGACAGCUACCCAUGGACCUGGAUUGGAUAAUAGAAAUACUUAUAGAACUGUUUCAGCGGGUGGGGCUAGCGCAACUCGUCAUAGUCGAGAUACUUUUCAAGUCAGUAGACCGGAUCGUACUGUAGUUUUCAACACAGGACGUCGUCGUCGCAGUCCCGACUUCGUUGUGAGUCGUCCGGAUCGCGUUGUUGUUGCCAGCGGAGGAAACUAUGAAGUCACCCGCAACAGUCGAGACACCUUCCAUGUCGAACGCCCUGGUCGUACUGUAGAUUUUGACACUAACGGAGCCUACAGUGCUCAACGCCAACGCCGCAGUCCCGACUUCGUUGUGAGUCGUCCGGAUCGCGUUGUCGUUGCCAGCGGAGGAAACUAUCACGUCUCACGUAGCAAGCGUGAUGUCUUCCAAGUGUCUCGUCCUGACCGCGGUGUAGUCUUCGAUACUGAUCGCCGUCGUCGUAGUCCCCAAUUUAUAAGUGGUCCAGAUGGACGCUAUGUUAAUCAGCAGGCAGAUACUUUGACAGCAGUUCGUCCAGAUGGGCGCUACGUACAACUCAGUCGUAGCCGGCGUGACAUUUCCGACGCCCGUGUUCAAGGCGAGAAUUUCGUGGCUAGAGAUGAUCAGGCGGGAGUGUGGAAUGAUAAUUUCUCUGUAUGGAGACGUCCCGAUGGUCGUACAGUUACUUUGGAUUCAAACGGCAAUGCUAUUACCUCAGGCCGGGGACGGGCACCCCAACAUUACUCCGGCUGAACUGAUUGUUAAAGUAUAUAGAUGUUUAAUAUCCAUGAAAGAAUAAAACAAAUAAAUUAAUUGAUUUCUUAAAAA